CUGCUCUCAUAUCACCUUCCAUUCAAACCGGUUGCAGCUAUAUAAACAAUCUUAUCAUUUUAAGGAACCAAACCAUUCGGACAUUUCUUCAUCAUCAGCAUUCAGCAAUGGAGCUUUCAAUAACCACCUCCAUUGCUCUCGCCACCAUCGUCUUCUUCCUUUACAAGCUUGCCACUCGUCCCAAAUCCACUAAAAAGCAACUUCCAGAGGCAUCGCGACUCCCCAUAAUCGGUCACAUGCACCAUCUAAUCGGUACAAUGCCACAUCGUGGUGUUAUGGAUUUAGCAAGAAAGCAUGGAUCUUUGAUGCAUCUGCAGCUUGGUGAGGUCUCGACAAUCGUGGUGUCAUCUCCAAAAUGGGCUAAAGAGAUUUUAACGACUUACGACAUUACCUUCGCUAACAGGCCUGAGACCCUAACUGGUGAGAUCAUUGCAUAUCACAACACAGAUAUCGUUCUUGCACCCUACGGUGAAUACUGGAGACAACUACGAAAGCUUUGCACUUUGGAGCUUUUGAGUGUGAAGAAAGUUAAGUCGUUUCAGUCAAUUCGUGAAGAGGAGUGCUGGAAUUUGGUUAAAGAAGUUAAGGAGUCAGGGUCAGGGAAACCGAUCAAUCUUUCAGAGAGUAUUUUCAAGAUGAUAGCGACUAUAUUGAGUCGAGCAGCGUUUGGAAAAGGAAUCAAGGAUCAAAGAGAGUUUACAGAGAUUGUUAAAGAGAUCUUGAGGCAAACUGGUGGUUUUGAUGUGGCGGAUAUCUUUCCUUCGAAGAAAUUCCUUCAUCAUCUUUCCGGCAAGAGGGCUAGGUUAACCAGUAUUCACAAAAAGCUUGAUAAUUUGAUCAACAACAUCGUCGCUGAACACCAUGUUAGCACCUCAAGCAAAGCCAACGAGACACUUCUCGAUGUGCUUCUACGGCUUAAAGAUAGCGCUGAGUUCCCAUUAACAGCCGAUAACGUUAAAGCCAUUAUUUUGGAUAUGUUCGGAGCUGGAACAGACACUUCAUCCGCCACAGUAGAAUGGGCCAUUUCCGAACUGAUAAGGUGUCCGAGAGCCAUGGAGAAGGUACAAGCAGAACUAAGGCAAGCAUUGAACGGGAAAGAAAAGAUCCAAGAGGAGGACAUUCAAGACCUCGCAUACCUAAACCUCGUGAUCCGAGAAACCCUCCGCUUACACCCUCCACUACCAUUGGUUAUGCCACGAGAAUGCCGUGAGCCAGUGAACUUAGCAGGUUAUGAAAUAGCCAAUAAGACCAAACUUAUUGUCAAUGUCUUUGCAAUCAACAGAGACCCUGAAUACUGGAAAGACGCUGAGGCUUUCAUCCCUGAGAGGUUUGAAAACAACCCUAAUAACAUCAUGGGAGCAGAUUAUGAGUAUCUUCCAUUUGGAGCUGGGAGAAGGAUGUGUCCUGGAGCUGCACUAGGGUUAGCUAAUGUUCAGCUUCCACUUGCAAACAUACUUUAUCAUUUCAACUGGAAACUUCCUAAUGGUGCCAGCCAUGACCAACUUGAUAUGACUGAGAGCUUUGGAGCCACGGUUCAAAGGAAGACUGAGUUGUUACUCGUACCGAGUUUUUAGAAUAUUAUCGAAAUAAUUUCGGGUAAUUGUUGGAGCCGAAAAUUGGAUCGGUUUACAGGUGUAUGAUUUUCUAUUUGUGUUUGGUCAUGAUUGUAAUGGUAUAGAUGUUGUGUUAUGGAAUAAUAUCUUUUAAUCUUGCUAUGA